GUGGGUCCCCCGUGUAGUUGCGGUGUAGUUCUUAUCAAAGCCCUCCUGUCUUGUUGUGACAGCUCUGAUAUUGUUUAUUGAGGUGGAUGUCAGCUUUAAUUAGCAAUCGAUACGGGGAGCGUUUGCAGAGCGCGUCUCUGACGUCAGAGUCCAUUACCGCUUCUCAUUGGGUCUCAUAUUCCCAGAGCCUGGGCUAAUUAUUGGGAGGUUCAUGUGGAUAAAGUACAGCUCAUCCCUCCCUUCACAUCAUGUCCCCUACUCGUUGGCCACACUCACUGCAUGCUUUUUAAAUUCCCAUCACCGGCCUCCAGACGUCGUUUCCUUUUGCCUGCGGGAUGAUGGACAGCAGGAUACUGGAUCCACCGCACGCCCAGUUCGGAGGCUCUCUCGGCGGGAUGGUUGGCUUCCCGUACCAUCUGAGCCACCAUCACGUUUACGAAUUAGCCGGGCAUCAACUUCAAUCUGCGUCCGCGGUUCCUUUCUCAAUAGACGGAUUACUUAAUGGUUCCUGCACGGCUUCAGUGGGUAAUUCCAACCCCCUCUUGUCUGCGGGCUGCGGGAUGAAUGGAGAUAAUCAGCACUACAAACUGUCAGACUCGGGGGACCCAGACAAAGAUAGCCCCGGUUGCAAGAGACGGAGAACUCGCACAAAUUUCACUGGUUGGCAGCUGGAGGAAUUAGAAAAGGCUUUUAAUGAGAGCCACUAUCCGGACGUUUUCAUGAGGGAGGCACUGGCUCUGCGACUGGACUUGAUAGAAUCAAGGGUUCAGGUGUGGUUUCAGAAUCGCAGAGCCAAAUGGAGGAAAAAGGAGAACACAAAGAAAGGUCCAGGUCGACCUGCUCACAACGCCCACCCGACCACCUGCAGCGGGGAGCCCAUGGACCCGGAGGAGAUCGCCCGGAGAGAGCUGGACAGGAUGGAGAAGAAGAAACGAAAGCAGGAGCGACGUCUGCUCAAGUCCCAGAACAAGAUGCUGUCUGGGGAUUUAUUUCACACCCCGGGAUCGGACAGCGACAGCGGGGUGUCGCAUGUGACCGACAGUGACCACACCACAGGCACGCUUUUUGACUCUGUGGGGGGAAACCAAUCGAGCUGCGACCAAACACCUCACCCUCUCCAGACCCAAAACCAGAACCAAAGACUUUUGGACCAGGAUGCUGGCGGAUCCGAGCUGGACUCGCCCGACGCCAGCCAUCGGUCAAGCCUAUGCUCCAACAACAACAGAGCCUCCGGCGUGCAGAAACUCAACCCUUUCAGCGUCGAGAGCCUCCUUUCGGACACCAGACCGAGACGCAACCCCGCGGCCUUACCCUCCUCACGGCCUUUGAUAGGGAAAGGACACUUCCUGCUCUAUCCCAUCACACAGCCGCUUGGAUUCAUUGUUCCACAAACUGCUCUGAAGACAACAACAACAUCAACAACAACAGCAGCAUCAAACUCUGACAGUGACACCCCAGCGGAGAAAAACCAAGCGUCCAACGUGCGCUGCAGCGUUUCUGCGGGCUCUGCGGGCUCUGCGGGAUGUAGGAGCAGCUCUCCGGGCUGUGCAGACACAGACCCACAAAAGGGACAGGUGGGGUCAGAGGAAAAGACACGUUCACCGCACACCAGCCCGUCCAGGGCCGCCUUUCCCAAAAGUACUCACACCUCUGUUAUUUGCAGCGAUUCCACUUUCGCCCACGAACACAGUCCACAGCCCGUUACGCAUGUGGAUGCAGACAGAAAAGAGCAUUUAGACAACAAGGACCACCCUGUCAACACCGAGUCUGUCCUCAGUGACAGUCCGGCAGAAACAAAGACAGACUCUAAAGAAGAUGUCGACUUGGAAUAAAUCCUUUGGGGGUAAAAACAAAAAAAAAGAACAAAACAGAAACAUACUGAUAUAGCCUCUAAACGACACCUUUCAUUAGGCCAAAGCUUAACCUGAAACUACAUCUUUGCAUCUAAUCUCUAGGUUUCCCCACUCUGCUGAUAUUUUGACAAUGGUGUGCUCUCUCUCUCUUUCUCUCUCUCUACUCUCUCUCUCUCUCUCUCUGCGAGUGUGUAUGUGUGAGUCAGGAGUCUCUAGAUAUCCUUUAAUGUGUGAUAACUUGUCAAAAAAAAAGAAAAGGACAAAAAAAAACAAAAAAACACACACACACACAAGACCACGAGACCAACGAAAAUCCUCAAGAGCUGUAAAAAAAGGUAUUAUACUAUUUAUAUAUGUAAGUUUUUUUCUUAAAUAAAUCUAUUGUAUACAAGCACCUCAAACCGUGUGAGACCUUAAAUAGCAGCACAUGCAGUGCAGGACUACAGUACAGUAGGAAGGGCUUUCUUAAGAAAUCUCAUGUUGUACUUUGUAUAUUGCCUUAACAAAUUUAUUCAUCUAUAAGCCCCCACUGAAAUGAGGUUACGAGCCUGAGGCGAAAAGGACCCGCUCGACUCCUGCAGAGUUUUGAUAUGAAAGUAAUUAUUUUCCCGGUGGCUACUGCAGGGGGAUUCAGUUUAUUUUAGCUCAAAGGGGGUUAUAAUACAUUACCGAUUUCUAGUGAUAUGAAAUCACAUAAACUUCCAAGAAUAAUAGAAUUAGCAUGAAAAGGCCUGGGUGUCAAAUUGAAAUAGGAAAAUAAUAGCCCCGGCAGCUGGGAGUGUGUGUGUUUGUGCAUAUUGGAUAGGAGAUGGGGAUUCGUGGGGAGGCAUUUUCAUGAGCUCUCCUCCUCCUCUCUUCUUCUUCUUCUUCUCCCUCUCUCUCCACUUUGUCAGGGCCCCUUGUAGCAGGGCUAUAUUAAGAUAGAUGUUCGAUGAUAUCCCUCAUUGUUCUGUCGCUUUACAUUGAUGUUUCUGUGUUAUCAGCCUAUUGAUCAUGCGUCGGCUGUAAUAGGACGGGCUGAGGCAAACGUGCCUAUUUACAAUAGCAGAACACAUUUGUUCUAAUAGGGUUGGUGGUCCCCAGGGAAGCCAUGCGGGAUCUGGGACAUCUGCUCCCUUUUGCAAUAUUAGCAGUGUUGACCACAAUAUCACGUCGACCCAAAGAAGAAAUGUCGAGGUGUGCUGUGUGGUGUGUAAUGGCAUACAAAAAAAAAAAAAA